GCACCGCCCGGCACACAGCAGCCGCGGCGGUUGCCAGGCUGAAUAAGAUAGAACAUGAAAGGCGAAAUAACAGGAGCUGCCACGCCCGGGGCUGCGGGGAAUCUCGCUUAACCCUUCUCAGCCUGCGCCUGAAGCUGGCUCCAACUCCACGCGCGGCUGCAGUGCCAGCAGGACAGCCCCUCUGCCAGCGAGGCCGGGGUGCAAAUGACAGUGUAUGGGGCGGGGGGGCCGUGCAGGGAGACGGGGGAGGCACGGCUAUGGCCUCGGAUACACUUUUGCACAGCACCCCCAGGGAGACAGGAGGGGCCCUGGGUACAGCCUCAGGUACUCUUUAAGGGCACUCCCAGGAAGAUGGGGGUGCGUGGGCAUGGCCUCAGGUACCUUUCAGAGGCAUGCCAGUGCCCUGCUGUGGAAGAGGGAGGCUGAGGGUCCAGCACUCCAAUCACUCCUGUUGUGAUGGUGCCAUGGCCCAGGCCCUAUGGCCACACAGUGCACAACACAACGGUCUCCCCAGCAUGGACCCCUGAGCAUGGCAAGUCUGUGCUGAGCCCAAACCCUCAAUUCCAGGGUAGGUACUGGACUACGGUGUGCAUGGGCCAAACCUGGGACUGGCAGCCAGGGUCCCUGCACGGCUGUCAGUACUGAGCCUGCUUCCUAGGCCUGCUCCAAGGCCCAGGCCUGAGCUGGUCUGACAGGCUCGGGGCAGACGGAAGGGAGAGGCCGCCUGCGGCUCAGGAAUGUGCAGCCCUUAUCUCUGGCUCCCCUGCAAUCCUGGGGAGGGAAUAACUCUCCGGAGUUUGCCUUUCUCUCGCUCUUACUCACCCUCUGCCCUGGGUGGAGCUUGAUUCUCGCUGGAUUGGAGGUGCCCGUGAAUCAAGCUGCAGGCACGUCCAGGGGAGCGGAGAGCUGGAGAGCACGACCCACCACCUGCCCUGGCUCACCUGGGAAGAACUCCUACAUGAUAACUGCCACAGAUUUAAGAUAGAAUGAGGAACUGCUUGUUGUUAGCUGCCCCUCCUGGCAUUCUAGGUCCUGAAUGCCCUACAAAAUAAAUAACGAAAUACCCAGUUCUGGAGUCAAACAAUAACGAGCUCUCCCUCCCCUCAUGGCUCGUCGAUCUCAAAGCUCCUCACAGGGGGACAAUCCCCUUGACCCUAACUACCUUCCCCCACAUUACAAGGAGUAUUACCGCUUAGCUCUGGAUGUCCUUACUGAAGAGGGCAAAGAAAGUUACGAACGCUUCCUGGCAGAGGAAGCAGCCCCUGAUUUUCUUUGCAACUCAGAGGUGGAUCACAUCAUACAGAAUCUCCAGAAACCCCAGUAUGCCAAUCAGGAAGGUAGCACAGACACCACAGGUGACAAUGACAUGGAUGGAUCCUCUGGGACAUACUGGCCUAUGAACUCAGACCUUGCUGUUCCUGAGCUUGACCUAGGCUGGCCAAUGGUCUUUGGGUUCAGGGGAACAGAAGUGACGACCCUUGUGCAACCGCCACCCCCAGACAAUCCCAGCAUUAAGGAGGAGGCUCGCAGAAUGAUUCGAGCAGCUCAACAGGUGGUAGCCAUAGUGAUGGACAUUUUCACUGAUGUGGAUCUGCUGUUUGAGGUGUUGGAUGCUGCUGCUCGCAGAGUGCCCGUGUACAUCUUGCUUGAUGAAAUGAAUUCUCAGCUUUUCCUUGAUACAGCUGCUAAAUGCAGAGUCAAUCUUAACUACGUAGAGUUCCUAAGGGUGAGGACAGUUUCUGGCCCAACCUACUACUGCCGCACAGGGAUGUCUUUCAAAGGUCAUGUGAAAGAGAAAUUCCUCUUGGUGGACUGCAUGGUGGUGCUGAGCGGCAACUACAGUUUUAUGUGGUCUUUUGAGAAGAUUCACAGAAGCAUUGCACACAUCUUCCAGGGAGAGCUAGUGGCCAGCUUUGAUGAAGAAUUCCGAAUUUUGUUUGCACAGUCAGAACCUCUUGUUCCUCCAGCCAAUGUCUUGGCAAAGGCAGAGAACCCAUUUGCCAUGACUCCCUUUGGCAAUAACAUGCCCUUCUUUCCAAAAAAAGCACCCCUGAUGUUCCAGAGGGAUGACAAUCUUUUUCCCUCCUUUAUGGACAGAGUUGAUCCAGACAGGUACUUCCUGUCAAAUUUCAGGCGGGAUGACAUGUUGCGCCAUACUGUGGAGGGGUCAGCCAUGCGAAUGUAUAAAAAGGUAGAAAUGGAGAAUGCUCAAAUGGAUCCUGUCAGGGGUUUUCUCCGUUCCAAGCAGUUAGAGUUAGAUGCUUUUAAGAGACACAGUUUUGCAGAAGGAACAUAUGAAAAUUUUGCUUCUUCUAAACAGUAUGCCAGGCAGAUGUUCAUGAACAAUAUGGAUGAAUUUAAAAUCCAGUCUAGUCAUUUUCAGAAGGAUCAGUUCUACCAGUAUCAGUUUGACCAUCCCCAUCUUUCUGGCAGACCUCAGGGACUUUUUGAGAGAAUCCGAGGUGGUAGGCCAGGAUUCAAUGAACUGGAAGAGGGAGGACCUCUUUCCUAUGGAGAGGGACCCAGAUACCCUGAACUUGAAUCCAGUUUUCCACAGGAGGGUUUCCCCUUAAGGCUGGAUUAUGUACCUUCAAAUUCUUCCAGGGAAGUGAGACAUGGCUCUGAUCAGCUGAACCCUGCAGGCAAUGGCCCAAUGGGAAUGAUGUUAAGAAGGCAGAAUAUAGGACAGAAAUUUAUUUGCCAAACUUCUCCUACACAGAAACAAAGCCUGGAACAGCGCCUGUUCCUACAAGACAAAGAUGAGGACCAAGAUCAGGACAAGAACACCCAGGAAAAUAGAACAGGUUUACGUAACUGGAGGAUUUCGUCAUACCUUAGUGCAUAUCAGUCAGAACCAGAAGAAGGUCUCCCAAUGCCUAUGGAAUCAGAAGCAUAUAAUGAUGUUCUUGGGGAUACCCUCACAAAGCACUCCACUGACCUCAUCUCAGCAUUCAAAUCCCCUAUGUCUUUUAAUAGCAAGUCACUGGGAGUUGACAGUGCCAAAGAAUUUGCAGAUCCUGAUAGAGUAGGUGAAGAAACCCCUAUAAUGAAACAAGAUGCCUUUAGGUCCAGAAUAAAUCCUUUGAUCCAGAGGAGCUCAAGACUGAGGUCUUCUCUGAUUUUUAGUGCUGCCAAGUUAGAUCAGCCUAACACAACAAUAGAAAAGGUUCAGAUGAUCCAAAAAGAACAAAUGUCCAGUGAACUGACAAAAGAUAAUGAAACUAUAAAGACAGCCACCUCAUCUAAAGUGGCAGAACUUUUAGAGAAGUACAAAGCUGUGGGCAAAGACACAGAGCGAGCUACAGUCACUCACACCAAAGCUGUUUCCAGUUUUCUCCAAGAAGAAUCACAGAACACAGAGAAGAAAUGUACCAAAUCUGUGCAAUAUAAGAUUCUGGAGAGUAGGGUACUAGACUCCAAAGACUCCUGCAGUACUUACAAAGUGCAUGGAGAGGCUGACAGAUCAUUUGGAAUGGCUUCAUCAACCCCCCAGCUUGUUGACACAUUGAAUAAAGAUCCCCUAGCACAUAUUAGCACUAAGGUGGACAAAUUAUCAUCUCGGUUUUACCCAAUAGAGAAUAAACCCACUCUUCCAGAGAAGGAGAGUCUUAUAUUUGUAGGAGACACUCAGAAAUUGACUCUUCCAGAAAAGAAGGAAAGAGUGACAUUCAAAGAAGAUACUCAAAAAUUAGUCAGUACAGAACUGAAGAAACCACAAGUUAGGACAAGUACUGCAUCAGCUCUUGAAAACUUAUCUAAAAGUCAAGGAUCUGACAGCUCUCUCAAUAAAUCAGAGGAAGACUGUUCAAAACAGGAACAAAAUCCAAUUGAAUUUUUAAGAAAAGGAUCACUACGGUUGAAGCAGCUUUUGAACCCAAAAGGUGAUAAGAAAUUGGAGGAAGAACCCACUUCUGAGAGUGGAAAAUCUGACAAACAGCCUGUGGGGCUCAAAAGAUCUUCCAUAGGGGACUGUCAGGAAAUGAUGGAGGAAGAAAAAACCCAUAAAUUUGCAACACCACUUCCUCCCAAAAGCAGCCAACCAACACAGGGGAGAUUUCCUUCAUCCACAGCUAAUAUCCUGUACAGCAGCAAUCUCCGUGAUGAUACCAAGGUGAUUUUGGAACAAAUAUCUGCAAACAGUCAGAAGAACAGAGCUGAACUCGCCAAGCAACUACCAUCCACUAGUAAUCCUGAUCUUUCUAAGUCAACUACAAGCUUGGAAAGGAAAGGUGAGAAGGAGAAAAGCUGUAACAUCCAUAGGUCAGAGAGUUUUGGAAGCCAAAAACGAAAUCUUCAGCGGCAACCAUCAGAAGAUAGAGAUACCCUUCUGAAAAAAAUGGAGAAUAUGCGGAAGGAGAAGAGAGUCUACAGUAGAUUUGAGGUUUUCUGCAAAAAGGAUGAACAUACAAGUCAGAGCGAAGAGGAGUAUGACACAGAUGCCAAAGAUAAGAAGAUGGGAAAAUUCAUGCCCAAAAUCCUGGGGACCUUCAAGACCAAAAAAUGAUCAUAGAAAUACUAUUUAAUACCAUAUAAUCACUGACUGUCAAAGCCAAAUGAGGAAGUAACACAUUUAUGAUGGCUAUAAUACCAUAGGCAAUGUUCUUUGGGGGUAGUGAAUGGAAAUAUGUUUCUAUGACUCCUAUGGCACAAUUUGCCCAGUAAAGUCAUGUGGUAACAGGCAACUUUAUUGCAGUAUGUUUAAAAUAAAGUUAUUAAAUUGCCAACGUGCUUAAACCAUGGAAAUAAAGUAGAGUCUCUUUCUAUCAGGCUCAGGGAAUGUUUUCAGUAGAUGAAAAAAUAAUUCCACUUUCAGUAAAUUCAAAAAAUAGAAAAAUCAAUACUUGAAUUCAAUCAAGGAAAGAAAAAUCUACAUAUACAUGUAUGUAAAAAAACAGUUGUUUUUCAGGUUCUUUGAAUCUAAUGCCUAAUCUAAUACAGGAGGCACCUUUUUGAAGAUUUACAGGACAAGAAAAUAUCAUAAGCAACUUUUUUUCUUUACCUAUGGUUAAUGGUCUUGUCCAGAAGAACAUGCCCAGUUUUUAUAUUUACCAUUUUACAAGCCUAUUGGUUGUGCUUUGUUAUUGGUUUGUUUCCUUAUGUAUAAUGGAAGCAUUGCAUCGGAAGUUGAGCUGAGAGAAGAAGCUGGAAGGCCAUAAAAGAAGAAAUUGACAAUUUAUUAAUGGAGAAAGAGAUGGUUUUAGAACUGCUUUUCAGCUGAGCUGGGUGUUACAGCCUGUAAAAUGCUGUUUUAGUCAAGCAGUAACUUACCUGACUGUGUAACUCCAAUUCAUUAGAGGAGGAGGGGGAGGGUCAUUUGUUAGCACAUCUUCCCAGUUUGGCAAUCCUGAUGGAAUGUUCAAGCUCAGAAGUGUGUUAUCACAUAACUUUCUUGUAUGACUUUGGUAGCAAGCUUAAGCAUGCAGUAUUAGACACAGUCCAGAUUAAUCUGUAGGUUCAUGCUGUUGUGUUAUACUGUCUUGCAAGAUCGAAGGUAGAGACAGAGGCCAAGAAACCAUUGAACAUAAAGUUUUUUUUUUUCUUAACUUGGACUGCCUCUUCUUGGCAUUCCUCAGGAUUGCCAAACUGUUUUUUAUUUGUUUUUGUUUGUACAAACAAGUACAAAAUAGACAUAUGUUCAAAGUAUUUCAAAUGUGGAAAAUUAAACUAAUAACAGCAACUU